AUGGAAGCCAAACGUCAGAAGAGUCCAGGCAAACAAUCAACAUUUUAUCAUGACCAUGAAGUCUGCAAACAAGAUUACUUUAUUAAAUCACCACCUCCUCAGCUUUUCUUCUCUGCAGCCUCUUGGAAAAAGCGGUUUUUUGUUCUGUCAAAGAGUGAGGAAAAGGGCUUUAGUCUUUCCUAUUACAAAGACCUUCAUCACCGAGGUUCCAUUGAAAUUAAUCGAAAUUCCAGUGUAGAAGUUGGCAUAAGUAGCCAUGAAAAAAUGCAAUCUGUGCAGAAGAUGUUUAAAUGCCACCCUGAUGAGGUGAUGUCCAUCAGAACCCCUAACAGGGACUACUUCCUCAUUGGCCAUGACAGGGAGAAGAUUAAAGACUGGGUCUCCUUCAUGUCAUCAUUUUGCCAGGAUAUAAAAGCAACACGUCGGAAUAUAGAGGAGAAACUCUCAUCGAGUGACAAAAGGCCAUCUUCGGACCCCUGCCCUCUCCUUGGUCCUUCCAACACAUUGGAGACUGUCAGCUCCACCAUGCCAAGAAACAGUCUUCCAGACGUGCAUUUAAUAGGAAAAAGUUCUCUAGGACUCAAACAAUCUCAUCUAUCACAUGAUUUCUUGUCGGAGACCAGUCAAGAUACGGAAGAAGAGAGUCAUUAUGUUAGUCCUCGAAGUAUUCCUUUAGAGUUGGGUAAUAUUAUUGCUUCCCAGGAUUCUGGUGAAUCCAUUAAACCUGGUAGUCCAGACCAGGUCUCCAAGAGAACUGAGAAUCAUUACAUGUCGAUGAAAUCCUGUUUUUUCAAAGAGACAUCCCAUGAGGCUGCUGAGAGCAAAGAGGAAUCCCAGACCCUUCCAGAGACCCAGAAUGUGGGGCUUCACCAGCAGGAACAAGGCUCAGGAAGAGACUCUUGUCUUUCACCUGCCAAUACGGAAGCACAGACCACGAAUGACAAAAAGGGGUCGGCCUCACUAACUGUUGUGCAAUUGUCUAUUUUAAUCAAUAACAAUCCUGAUGAAAGCCAAGUGGAGACACUGAAUGUGUUCCUUUCUCCUCCUGACAUCAUAAAUUAUCUUGCUCUCAUAGAAGCUGCAGGACGGAUAUGUGUGGCUCAGUGGGAAGGCCCUCCGCGCCUGGGAUGCUUAUUUUGUCACGGAGAUCACCUUUUGGCCAUUAACGACCUGAAGCCCCAGAGCCUGGAGGAGGUCUCCUUAUUUCUCAGCCGGUCCAUCCAGAAGGAGAAAGUAAAACUCACCAUCGGCCGGAUCCCAAAUUCAGAGAUAUUCCACGCUACAGCCUGUACAUGCCCUUUAAAACACCAAGAUCCUGUACCUUUUCAACUAGAUAAGUCUGGACUGGAGAGGGCACUGAAGAGGAAUCCAGCCAUUAAGAAGGGUGAACAGCAAGGAACCAGAGAAUAA